UCUAUAUAUACACGGCCUCCAUUGCUCCAUCAUCCAUCCAUGCAUCUCCAGCAGCAGCAACGCUAACCAUCUCUAGCUCUCUCAAGUUAGCUAGCCAGCUAGCUAUAUAUAUCACCGACCGAUCUACCGAUUCGAUCACCAUGUCGGGCGUCUGGGUGUUCAAGAACGGCGUGGUGCGUCUGGUGGAGAACGGGGCGGCGGGCGGCGAGGCGGCGGUGCGACGGCGGAAGGCGCUGGUGCACACGCCGAGCGGGCAGGUGGUGCGGUCGUACGCGGAGCUGGAGCCGGAGCUGCGGGCGCUGGGCUGGGAGCGCUACUACGAGGACCCGGCGCUGUACCAGUUCCACAAGCGCGGCUCCCUCGACCUCAUCUCCCUCCCCGCCGACUUCGCCAGCUUCUCCUCCGUCCACAUGUACGACAUCGUCGUCAAGAACCGCGACUCCUUCAGGGUCGUCAACGUCUGAUCUAGCUAGCUAGCUACUAUACAUGCAUGUCUCGCUGAAUUUGAUUUCGACGCAGUGUGUGUAUAGAUGUCCAAUUAGCACGAGGCCCGCGAGCCCGGCACGAAGCCCGCUUUUUGGGCCUGGUCCGAGCCCGGCACGGCCCGGUUAUAUGCGGGUCCGGGCCGGCCCGGCACGAAUAAGCGGGCUGGGCUCGGACAGGAAAUUAGGCACGGUGGGCUAGCCCGGCACGGCCCGUUUAGGUCUAAGCCCGUUAAGCCCGCUUUUUUUACACUAAAACGUGCUUUUCGGCCCGUAUAGCCCGCUUUUCGGCCCGCUUUUUUCGUGCUAAACGGGCCGGCCCGGCCUGUUUAGGCCCGUUGCGGGCCGGGCUCGGACAAGAAAUUGAGCCCGCGUGCUUACCCGGCCCGGCCCGGUUUUUUAAUCGUGCCUGGCGGGCCGGGUCCAAAACGGGCCGGGCUUCACCGGGCCCGGGCCGGACCGGGCCGGGCGGCCCGUUUGGACAUCUCUAAGUGUGUGAGUGUGUGUGGAGCUGACCUGGACCUGGAGUCCUGGACCAGUAGCGUGCGUCUAUAUAUAUGUGUGUAUGCCAGCAACGUGUGCGUGUAGAUGUCUGGGAAUGUCGGACGCAGGAAAAAAACUCAUAGGGCUAUUAAAAAUCAAGCAAGGCUGUAAAAAACUAGUGUGACAUGUAAUUUAAAUUUUA